GCCUACCUCAUAUUGUAUUGUAUGUGCCUGAAGGCUAUGUAUGCAAUAAAGUGGAAACUGUGGAAUUGUCGCAAUUGCAAUUCGUAGGGGCUGAGGGGUACGUAUUGGCGCGUACCUUCCCGUUACAUUAGAGCGUGUUUGUUCGGGUCGAGAAUGUAUGACGCAGCAGUUGAAAGCAAAUUCGGUUCUUGUUUCGUUGGAUAUGCAUCAUAGUUCCGGGGCCUGCGUCCAAAGAAUUCAAGGAACGGCACCUCUUUCCCGUGUACAAAGGCAAACCAAGCCUAAAACAACCCUUACACAUUUCUGCAUUGGAUCAGAUCAUCAAUCAAUACCUUGCCGUGGUAACUCGAUACCAAUCCUAAUCCAUUACGAGACCUUGUGGAUAUUCCUUAUUUAAACUGUAUUCCCUUCGCCAUCUCGAUAACUCAUUCCAGUUUCUACCUCCAAAUCCAAUCCAAGUCUAAAAUCAACUCCAAAUCGAAAAAGAAAAAAUUACGAAAGCACAAGCUAUCGAUAUUCCCACAUCACAUACCACGAAAACAAACAUAUCAUCCACACGCGUCCAAGUCGACGACCGAAAUCUCACAUAAUGCCUUUCACCGCAAGCGAUAUCUGCAAGAUCAUUCUUGCCAUCCUCCUACCGCCUCUAGGUGUCUUCUUAGAGCGAGGAUGUGGUGCCGACUUCUGCAUCAACGUCCUGCUCACCAUUCUGGGUUACAUCCCGGGUAUCCUACACGCGCUGUACAUUAUUCUGAAAUAUUAAGACGCUCGAGUAACCUGCGGCUUUCCUUAAUUUUUCGUAAUGCAGCGACAGCAUAGCAAAAUUCAACCAUAGACGACAUCUGAGAGGUUGGACCAAUCGUGUAGCAGCGCAGGGGUUCGUGAUUUUCCGGAGGCGUCUGCGUGGAUCCAGCCAUUGCUCUGUCUUUUCAAGCUAGUCGCGGGGGUGCAUCGCAUGAUGCUGGUUCUUGGCUCUUGGCUUUGACAGACGUCACUCGACUUCUUGUCCAUGCAACCACAUUCCAGCAUUUCGGCCCGCCUCUUAAUUUCGACGACUCGAAUGUCUCUUGUUUCUUUUAUAAUCAAAACCGCGAUGAUUUGCAGAAAUGACGGUUUGGAGGAGAGGGGGAUGGAUUGAGGAUACGGCUCAGCUGAGCAUUGAUUGCUUGCUAUAUGGCAUUCAUGAUGAUUUUUAGACUCCCUACUAGCAUUAAUGAUUAUGAAUUUCGAUACCCCUCAA